AUGCCCGAGUCGCCGGCCGACAGCUCGCUCACCGCCGCAGACUUCCUCGAGCACCAGGCCCAGCUUGAACAAGAGGCCCGCGAGGCCAUGCCCUACGAGCCCGACACUUGCACGUACCCGCGGCCGCUCCGCCAGCACGUGUUCGCGUGCCUCACGUGCCGCCGGGCCAGCGCGGCCGCCGUCGGCGUGUGCUACCUGUGCCUGAUCCAGUGCCACUCCACGCACGACUUGGUGGAGCUCUUCUCGAAACGGCACUUUGCGUGCGACUGUGGCACCGGGCGGAUGGCCGGCGGCGCCGCGUGUGCCGUGCGGGCCCGCGCAACCGCGUCCGGCGGAUCCCGCCCGUUCUCGGCGCCGCCGCUCCCGCCGGCCUCGGACAUCGAGAGCCUGGGCAACUCGUACAACCACAACUACGCGGGCCGCUUCUGCAGCUGCGCGGCGCCCUACGACCCGGCGCUGGAGCGCCGCACCAUGCACCAGUGCUACUUGGGCGACGCGUGCGGCGAGGACUGGUACCACCAGGAAUGCAUCCUCGGGUACGUGCCGGGGCUCUUCCUGGGGCCGCGGGCACACGCCGUGCCGCACUUCCCGGACGAGGACGCCUUCGUUGAGUUCGUCUGCUGGCGCUGCGUGCAAAGGCACGGCCGCGCGUUCGCCGAGCUUGUGGCGUGCGCGGGCGUGGUGCUGGCCACACGGCCCCACUUGGCCGGGGCCGACUCCGCGGACACGUGGCGCUCGCUUGCCGAGAGCGGGCCCGGCGAAAAGGGCGUCAAGAGGCCGAGACGCAGCACGCUGCCUCGGCCGCGGCCCGCGCCGUACUCGGUGUUCUUGGCGCCCGGCUUCCACGCUCGCCUCUCGGCGCUCCGGGGCCGCCUCCCCCCGGGCUCGGCUCUCCGCAAGCUUCUCGAGGCGUUUGGGUUUCUAGUCACGGAAGAGCCCGUGCACCAGCCGGCGGCGGACGGCGCCGCGUCCACGCCGGCGGCCGAGGGCUCGCUCUACGACUUGGGCUCGACGGCGCUCCGGAGCCUCCCGAUCCCGCAGGCGCUCGAGGGGCUCGAGGCGUACGACGCCAUGAAGGAAAAGCUCAGGGGCUUCUUCAAGGACUUUGUGGAGAAGAAGAAGGUGGUGACCGAGGAGGAGGUCAGGGCCUUCUUUGGCCGGAUGGAGGACGAGUGA